CUUUAUGGUGGGAGUUGUGGAGAGGAAUGCAAGGAGGUUCAAAGACUUGCAAUAUGAGUCCUUAGCCUCACAUGUAGUGCCACGGGAUGUGAGAGAAGUUGGAGCACGUUUGAUCAUAUCCACUCCAAAAAAAGGAUCCGAUUGGAACAACAAAGUCUAAAUGCUCGUCUUUGUUAAGUGUUCAACUAGAGCUAAGGCAAACAAGGAGGCAACAAAGUGGUGAGACAUAAGGUCCAAUUUGUUUAUCGGAUAUGGAAUCAGAUGAUGAAUGGAUUACCAAGAAGGAAGGCCCUUGUCAACCUGAAGACAUUUCAUGGAUGAAUGUCAAUGAGUGCUUUGAAGACAAUGGAGGAGUUGGAGAUAGCAAGAAAAGCAAGAGAGGACCAAGGAACUUGAGAUUUGAUCAUAGAGGAGAAGGAAAAAGUGUUGAAGAAGAUGACAUUGAGCUGAUUGAUGAAGAGGAAGGAGAUGAAGAAGAGGAGGAACAAGAAGAGAUGAUUGUGGUAGACGAUGAAGAAUAUGGUGAUGGCGAUGAUGAUGGUGACCUUGCAUUAGGGGAAUGGGAUGAUGAAUGAUGAUGCACUACAUCACACAUUAGUUGUUUAUAAUCUAUCAUAGAUGGUUUAGAGUUUUGUUUGUUUGUUUGUGUUUUUUUUUUUUUAAUUAUGAAUUAGAGAUGUGGGCUUCUAGAUAUC